AUGGAGGAGCUCUGGGAGAUGGAGGAGCUCUGGGAGAUGAAGGAGGUCUGGGAGCUGGAGGAGGUCUGGGAGCUGGAGGAGCUUUGGGAACUGGAGGAGCUCUGGGAGCUGGAGGAGCUCUGGGAGCUGGAGCAGGUCUGGGAGCUGGAUGAGGUCUGGGAGCUGGAGGGGUGGCUCCCUUCCCCACCACAGACAGGCCGGAUCGAACCCAACUACCCCAAGGUCUGUGGGCACCAGGGCAACGUGCUGGACAUCAAGUGGAACCCCUUCAUUGAGAACAUCAUCGCCUCCUGCUCCGAGGACACCACGGUGCGGAUCUGGGAGAUUCCCGAGGGGGGGCUGAAGAGGAACAUGACGGAGGCCGUGCUGGAGCUCUACGGGCACAGCCGGCGCGUGGGGCUGGUCGAGUGGCACCCGACCACCAACAACAUCCUCUUCAGCGCCGGCUACGACUACAAGGUCCUGAUCUGGAACCUGGACAUUGGGGAGCCGGUGAAGAUGAUCGACUGCCACACGGACGUGAUCCUGUGCAUGUCCUUCAACACGGACGGCAGCCUCCUGGCCACCACCUGCAAGGACAAGAAGCUGCGCGUGGUGGAGCCGCGCUCCGGGCGGGUCCUGCAGGAGGCCAGCUGCAAGAACCACCGUGUCAACAGGGUGGUGUUCCUGGGCAGCACCAAGAGGCUGCUCACCACGGGCGUGUCCCGCUGGAACACGCGGCAGAUCGCCCUGUGGGACCAGGAAGACCUGUCCAUGCCCCUGAUCGAGGAGGAGAUCGAUGGGCUCUCGGGGCUCCUCUUCCCGUUCUACGACGCCGACACCCACAUGCUGUACCUGGCUGGGAAGGGCGACGGCAACAUCCGCUACUACGAGAUCGGCUCCGAGAAGCCCUACCUGAGUUACCUCAUGGAAUUCCGCUCCCCCGCCCCGCAGAAAGGACUGGGGGUGAUGCCGAAGCACGGCCUGGACGUGUCGGCCUGUGAGGUCUUUCGGUUCUACAAACUCAUCACCCUCAAGGGGCUCAUCGAGCCCAUCUCCAUGAUCGUGCCCAGGAGGUCCGAGACGUACCAGGAGGACAUUUACCCCAUGACACCGGGCACGGAGCCUGCCCUGACCCCGGAUGAGUGGCUGAGUGGGAUGAACAGAGAUCCCAUCCUGAUGUCGCUGAAGGAGGGCUACAAGAGGACAUCCAAAAUUGUGUUCAAGGCCCCGGCGAGGGAGAAGAAGAGCGUGGUGGUCAAUGGCAUCGACCUGCUGGAGAACGUCCCACCCCGCACCGAGAACGAGCUCCUCCGGGUGUUCUUCCGGCAGCAGGACGAGAUCCGGCGGCUGAAGGACGAGCUGUCUCAGAAGGACAUUCGGAUCCGGCAGCUCCAGCUGGAACUAAAGAACUUACGGAACAGCCCGAAGAACAAUUAACUCCCAGGGACGUUUUCUAAAUAAACUCUCGUUGUUU